AACCGAGGCCCAGAGAAACGAAUCGCCGCCGCACCCGCCCUGCGGGCCUCGGCCUUUCGGGGAUGCGGAGGAGUCCCCGGUCCAGCCGACGCCCGGUUCAGAAUCCAGAAACCGAGUCGCUGUGGAACGAGGACCGAGUCCGACCUGUUCACCUUCGGUCGACCCCGGUGCUCACGGCAAUACUUGACCUCUGAGACCUGGCAGCUUGGGACCCUCCGGUCUCCGUCCGCGGGAGCCCGUGGCCGCCGAGGACCGCGGGGGCGACGCUUCCCCCGGGCCGAUGGAGGAGCCGAGCCGCUCGUACGCGCGGCUCUGUAAGGAGAGCGGGGCCGAGCCCCAGGAGGCCGUCCUCCGCCAGCUGGACGACGGGCGCGGCCGGCUCAAUCUGGCCACCCAGAGCCUCUCCGUGGCCACCUGCGAGGCCCUGGGGAGACUCCUGCGGCACGAGGUCCCGAUCGCCGAGAUCUCGCUGAGCGACUGCAUGCUGAGCGAAGAGGGCGCGAAGCUGCUACUCUACGGACUGUGCUCCAACACGACGGUCCGGUCUCUGGAUCUGAAGGGCAACAACCUGCGGGCCGUGGGAGCCGAGGCCCUGGGCAGACUCCUCCGACAGAACGGGUCCAUCCAGAGCCUGACUCUAGAGUGGAACAACCUGGGGACGUGGGAAGAAGGUUUCUCCGCGUUGUGUGCGGGUCUGGGGGUCAACCCCGCCCUGCGGCGGCUGGACCUCCGAAAUAACCAGAUCGAUCACAGGGGAGCGGAGGAGCUGGCCGCCGCCCUCAGGGCCAAUUCCCGGCUGCAGGAGCUCGAUCUGCGCUGGAACAACGUGGGCCUCCUGGGCGGGCGGGCACUCGCUCGCUGCCUGCCCGCCAACCGGACCCUGCGCCGGCUGGAGCUCGCCGGAAACAACGUCCCCGGUGACGUCCUGGCAGCCCUGGCACAAGCCACCGGGCACAACGAGGACCGGCAGGGGGCCUUGCGUGAGAAGCAGAUUCGCACCCGGGUCCUCAGCAGAGAGGUGCGCAGCCUCAAGGAGGAGAAGGCCAAGCAGUUCCUGGACUUGAUGGAGACGAUUGACAAGCAGAGGGAUGAACUAGGCAGGAGCAACAGGUCCUGGGCAGGGCGCGUGGACCAGCUACAGGAGGCCCUGAACGAGCGACACUCCAUCACCAACUCUCUCAAGGCCAAAUUGCAGAUGAGCGAGGCCGCCCUGACCCUGUCGGAGCAGAAGCUGCGGGACCUGGGGGACUUACUGAGCGCCUCCAAGCGGGACCAGGCGAGCCUUUCGGAGCGGCACUCCCAGGAGCUGAAGCUGGAGCGGCAGGGGGCGGCCGAACGGGAAUCAAGACUCCUCCAGGACUUGGCAGCGGCCAGUGAAAAAAAUCUGCUUCUCAGGAACCAGGUGGACGAGCUGGAGGGAAGGAGCAAAGCCCAGCAGGACCUGCUGUUCCAGACCAAGGAGGAACUGACCCACACCACGGCCAACCUGAAGCUACGGCUGGCCCAGGCCCAGGAGCACCUGGAAGCGGAGAAGAAGAGAUUCAAGCAGGGCCUGGAGGAGUCGGAGAGCUUGAGGCUGAAGGAGGUGGCUCAAGUGACCCGUCAGAUGGAGGAGGCCGAGCGGGCCCUGCAGGAGAGGGUCCAGAGGCUGGAGGCCGUGAGGAUCUCCCUGGAGGAGGAGCUGAGCGGCGCCAGAGCAGCGCUGAUGACCGAGAGGGGCCGGGCGGAGGAGGAGCUGGUGAAGGCCAGAAACCAAGCCCGUCUGGAGGAGCAACAGCGACUGGCUCACCUGGAGGAGAAGCUGCGGCUCCUCGGCGAGGCCCGGGAUCAGGCCCAGGCCUGCUGCCUCCAACAGAAACAGGCUCUGGACCAGGCCCGGGCCCAGGCCCGCCACCUCGGCCUGCAGGAGGACAGCUGGAAGCGUCGGCUCGACCUGCUGCAGCAGGAGCUGAGCGACAAGGAGCGGGAGAAGGUGGCCGAGGUGAACAAGGCGCGGGUUGAGCUGCAGGAGCAGAUCGGGCACCUGCAGGCCGAGCGUGCGACGCGGGAAGGGUUGAAGGAGAAGAUCGCCGCCCUGGAGCGGCAGCUGAAAGUGAUGUCAGACAGCCACCGCGAAGCGCUGCUGGACCGAGAAAGUGAGAGCGUUUCCCUCCGGGAGAAACUCCGGCUGAAGGAGGCAGAGUUCUCCAGGCUGCGGGAAGAGGAGGCCCAGAGAGCCAGACUCCUGCACACCGCCGUCAUGGCUUACGUGCAGGGGUCUCCCCUCGGGGUCCUCGGCCCCCGAAGGUGACGGGCUCCUACAGCGAGAGAGGGAGCUCGGGGCAACGGGGCGGGAGGCGGCGACGGCCCGCCCUCCUCCCCGAAGCGUCUCGGUCUCCCGUCCGGGGCCCGUCCUAGUGCCGACGACGGGAGUGGGAGGGGGUUUCGGAAACCUCUCUGGUCAGGAGGUUUGGGGGGGGGGGCUGCCGAGGGGAAACCGACUGCGCCGGCUCGCCCGCCGUCCGGAUCCCCCCGAUAGGCGGGGGGGGAGAUGUGCGGUUUGGAAAGGAAGCCCUGAAUUGUAACGGGGCGAGGGGGAUCUCGGAUUUCCAGCGGUUGACCAGGUGGACUGCCGAGGCUUAUCGGCAGGGGGUCCCAGCCGGUAGCACUCCCACGCCCGGGCAAGCGGCCGCGAGCCGACGCCGGCGGGACCCCCCGAGGGCCGGCACGGGCGGGCGAGCCGUAGCCCCGCCGAUGUGGAAGCCCCGCUGCCCCCGGGGGAGUUAGCGUGCUCCCCUCCUGGACCUGCUAGUUGUCGGCCAAACCCAGAGAAUUAUGUGCCUUAAAGCAGAUCAGUGGAAAAAACAACCAACCAACCAAAGAGCAGAGCUCACAAAAGCUCGGGUAAAACUCAGCACUCCCACGGGCCUGGGAGACCGGACGGGGGGUGGUGUUUUGGGGCUGGGGGGACUGGGGGACGGGGGGGUGGAGGUUAACGUCUUGGGACGUCGCGGACAUUUUGUACUUCGGCGUGGCCUCCGACCGAUUCGAGUUCUGCUUAUCGUCCAAUACGGAACUUUUGCGUUUUGUGCUAGAUCGAGGAUUCGCAAACACGGCUUAUCGAAAGGGGGGGUCUCCUAAUAAUAAUAAUAAGAAUCAUGGUA